AUGCCGGGACGCCUGCUUAGCUGGCCAGACUGGCCCGAGUUCACGGCCGCGAAGGCCGAGCACGGCGAUGACCUCGUCGGGUACAAAAGAUCCAUUGCCGACAAGUACGGCAAGGACAAUAUCAUCAAGAGCUGGCUCAAGGUAUGCCAGGAGCUGGAAUCCGUGACCGGUCGUGUCGCCGAGCAAGGAACUUCCGCCAUCCCCGAGGUCACGUUCGAAGAAGUCUUCGACCUGACGCCGGAAAGGAAGCAGGCCUUGAAGGACGUCGGAUGCUUUGUCGUGCGAGGCGUGUUCAAUCAGGAGCAAGCCAACGAGUGGUUCAAGGACCUGAAGGAAUAUGUUGCUGCCAACCGAGCAUCGAUUGGCGGCUGGCCCGCAGAGACGCCCUUCAUCCUCAACUUGUACUAUUCUCCGACGCAGAUGGCCGCGCGCUCGCAUCCAAACCAGCUCAAGCUCAGCAGGGAGCUCAACUCUUGGUGGCACGACGAGCCUGGGUCAUCUUACUCGCCCGAGCCGUUGUCGUAUGCGGAUGGGGUUCGGAUUCGACCUCCCGGCGUGGCCUUUCGCGGCCUCGGCCCACAUGUAGAUGCAGGGAGUCUGUGCCGUUGGGCUGAUCCCACCUAUCAAUCUGUCUAUGCCGCCGUCUUCUCAGGGAACCCCGAGGCACUCGACAACUAUGACCUGAGCGCCCGCCAACACGCCAAUCAAGCAAUGUUCCCGGGCAGCGCCCACUCACGAGUUUUCCGGGCUUUUCAGGGCUGGACAGCCCUGACGUCCGCCGGCUUGGGCGAAGGCAGUCUGAUGCUCUACCCCAACGUCAAAUGGACCAUUGCAUACUUGUUGCUGCGGCCCUUUUUCCGAGCCCCAGAGGCCGAGGCAGACGUCAUGGACGCCAGCAAAUGGACCUUUGAUGUCGAGGACCCGUGGUUCCCGGGAACGUUCAGGGAUGAUAGCCAGCUGUUGAGUCCCACUUCGCACCCUCACCUUCGCCUCCAGGAAUGCAUGGUCGGUAUUCCAAGCAUGAAUCCAGGAGACACCGUCUGGUGGCACGCAGACAUGUGUCACGCGGUAGAAGUCGAACACAAUGGGGACCACGAAGCCAGUGUGGCCUACAUUGCCGCAACCCCGAGGACGGAGGAGAACAAGAGCUAUAUCAAACGACAACUGCAAGACUUUCUGAACGGCCGACCCCCGGAGGAUUUCCGGUCAGGGCCUGCAGAGAAUACCUUCAAGCUGCACACGGGCGAGGCCGGUAUUCUAGGUGGCGAAGCUGGAAGGAGGGCGAUGGGCUUCGACCUGAUCGUCUGA